UGGCGGCUGCCCGGAGCGGGAGGAGGGAGGUGCUGACCCGGAUGUUCACUCCUGGGCACCCGGGGAAGUGGAAGCGCCGGGCCCUGCUGCGGGGGGGAGAGCCACAGACGCCGGGACCGGGACCGCCGCCGCCGCCGCCACAAUGAGUGAUCAGCAGCUGGACUGUGCCUUGGACUUGAUGAGGCGCCUGCCUCCACAGCAAAUCGAGAAAAACCUCAGCGACCUGAUAGACCUGGUCCCCAGUCUAUGUGAAGAUCUCCUAUCUUCUGUUGACCAGCCACUGAAAAUCGCCAGAGACAAGGUGGUGGGAAAGGAUUACCUUUUGUGUGACUACAACAGAGAUGGGGACUCCUAUAGGUCACCGUGGAGUAACAAGUAUGACCCCCCUUUGGAAGACGGGGCCAUGCCUUCUGCUCGGCUGAGGAAGCUGGAGGUGGAAGCCAACAAUGCCUUUGACCAGUACCGAGACCUGUAUUUUGAAGGCGGCGUCUCAUCUGUCUACCUCUGGGAUCUGGAUCAUGGUUUUGCUGGAGUGAUCCUCAUAAAGAAGGCUGGAGAUGGAUCAAAGAAGAUCAAAGGCUGCUGGGACUCCAUCCACGUGGUGGAAGUGCAGGAGAAGUCCAGCGGUCGCACCGCCCACUACAAGCUGACCUCCACGGUGAUGCUGUGGCUGCAGACCAACAAAUCCGGCUCUGGCACCAUGAACCUCGGCGGCAGCCUUACUAGACAGAUGGAGAAGGAUGAAACCGUGAGCGACUGCUCCCCGCACAUAGCCAACAUCGGGCGCCUGGUCGAGGACAUGGAAAAUAAAAUCAGGAGUACGCUGAAUGAGAUCUACUUUGGAAAAACGAAGGACAUCGUUAAUGGGCUAAGGUCUGUGCAGACUUUUGCAGACAAAUCAAAACAAGAAGCUCUUAAGAAUGACCUGGUGGAGGCUUUGAAGAGAAAGCAGCAGUGUUAAGCCUCUUCUUCCCACUAACCGGACACGCCGCCGUGCGCUCAUUAGAUUCCUUUCUUAGAAACUCGUUUUCUGCUCCCUCCCUCGUCCCUUCCCUCCGCCCCCCAGGUCACACAACAACUUGCAUCACCACUGCACAGCGCCAUCUCUCCCUGAGAAUAAACCCUAUAAACACCCUUCUUGUCUCUGAGGCCUACUUCCCACCAUAUUUUGCUAUCAAAACUCGGUAUUUCCAUAGAAACCAUGUUUUCUGUUUGCCCCGGCCCCCCGUCUCUCCGCCACCACCCAUUUAUAGGCAUAAAAUACACUGUCUGUCUGCCUCCCUUCCCUCCCACCCUUUUGUUACAUUGGUGUAAAAAAUGUAAAACAAAAAAAUUUUAUGAAAUAACUGUGGUGUGUGAAAGAUAGAAGAAAAACUGGAAAUCUGAUUCCACGUGUGUUUGGGAGUUGCUUGGGGUUGGGGGUCGGCGGGGACAGGGGACAGCUCUGGGAGAAAGGAGAGGUGGCCCUCAGCGUCGUCCCGCAAGCCUGGCCCCUGUCCCGCGGAGACCACACGGUGGGGGGCGGGGACCUGCGGACCGUCCUGCUCUUCUGGCCAGGUGCUUUUCUGUCAAUUUUUAUGGAAUGCAAAAGGAGUUUUUGUUUUAUUUUGUUUUUUUGUAAAGCUUAAAAAAAAAUCUACAUCUUAUACUUGAGCUUCCAUACUUAAAAAAAAAAAUAAAGAACAAAAAAAAUAAAAAGAAACUGGGAUGCA